ACCAACUCUCAAUCGAGCUCCUGACAUGGCCUGCUGCUCCACUAGCUUCUGUGGAUUUCCCACCUGCACCACCAGUGGGAACUGUGGCUCCAGCUGCCGCCAGCCCAGCUGUUGCCAGACCAGCUGCUGCCAGACCAGCUGCUGCCAGCCCAGCUGUUGCCAGACCAGCUGCUGCCAGCCAACCUGCUGCCAGACCAGCUGUUGCCAGACCAGCUCCUGUCAGCCAACCUGCUGCCAGACCAGCUGCUGCCAGCCCAGCUGCUGUGGAACCAGCUGUGGCACUGGUGGUGGCCAGGAGGGUGGCUGCGGAGCUGUGAGCUGCCGAGUCAGGUGGUGCCGCCCUGACUGCCGCGUGGAGGACACCUGCCUGCCCCCCUGCUGCGUGGUGAGCUGCACGCCCCCAACCUGCUGCCAGCUGCACCAUGCCCAGGCCCCCUGCUGCCGCCCAUCCUACUGUGGACAGUCCUGCUGCCGCCCAGCCUGCUGCUGUUACUGCUGCCAGCCCAGCUGCUGCCAGCCCACCUGCUGCCAGCCCACCUGCUGAAUACCUUCUAAAGGAAUCCUGAGAAACUGGCACUUCAAAACGAGCCAAUGUAGAGUCCCAACAAACUUCUGAGCUCCAAUACUCAUAACCCAGCUUGCGAACUCUUGUCACACGGCUACAUAAUUUUCCUGAAAUGUGAAUUUAUAAUCAAAAACCAAAAAUAUUUCAUAAACCUGGAUAUGAAUAGAAGUCCAGCAAGGUUAAGAGGAAUAUGUAAAACUUUACUAUAAAUAUCAUCUGAAAUAGUUCAACAGCUCAUUAGAUUUGGGAUUUAAUA